AUGCCUAUUGAUAACCUCGAGAGAAAACAUGUGGCUCAAACUCUUGAUAGAUUGAAGAAGCAUGUCAAGGUAAUAGCUAAAGAGUUUAUCAUAACUCCAAAAGGUCACAAUGCGAGAGGUAGAAAGAUUCUACUGCUUGACCUGAAACAAAAUAUUUUGCCAAAAAUCGAGCAAUUGAUUAACGAGCUGUUAAACAUGGGUCAACAACAUACCUUUAAACGUUUGACAGAUCUUAUUUCAAAAUGGAAAGAGGUAAAGAUGAGAAGUGAUACAUGUAUCAACCAUGAAAACCUUAUUGACAUAAUGGAAUGGCUAAAAUUGGAGCUGGUUACCAAGGAUGACAAGGAUGAUGGGCUUGAUAAGAAAUCAGAAUCUGUGGAUAAUAAUGUUCAACAAUAA